GAGAGAGCGCUAAUGUGUAAGAGCUCCCUGCAAGCGAUUCAAGGCUGACUGCAACUCACAGCAUCGGAAGCAUGAAUGAGAUCAAACUCGCUGUGUUGGGAUCAGAAGGGGUCGGGAAGUCAGCGCUAAUCGUGCGUUUCCUAACCAAGCGUUUUAUUGGCGAGUAUGCGUCCAAUUCAGAGUGCAUCUACAAAAAGCGUUUAUCCGUGGACGGACGGCAAAUUAAUUUAGAAAUAUUUGAUCCAUGUUCCCAAAAUUUAGAGAAUAAGUCGUUACUAACUGAUCAGAUGAACUGGGCUGACGGGUUUGUUGUGGUGUAUGAUAUUGGUGACCGAUCCUCCUUUAUCUCAGCAAGAACUCUCAUUAAACAACUACGAGAAACGAACAGUGAAAUUUACAAAAGAGAUGUUACAUCAGUGAUAGUUUUGGUUGGCAAUAAGCAAGACCUGUGUCACGUGAGAGAGGUGAGGGAGGAAGAAGGAAUGCUCUUCGCCAGAGAAAACAAAUGCCACUUUAGCGAGUUGUCGGCAGCUGAAGAUCGGCAGGAGGUCGGGAAGAUGUUUUCAAAGGCCAUCAGGAAUGCAAGUGGGAAUCGCAGGAGGAGACCCAGUGGCUCAAAGUCGAUGGCCAAGCUCAUCAACAAUGUGUUCGGUAAAAGAAGGAAGUCCGUGUAGCUCCACGUAAACCACCUUGUUGCUUAUGUGUCGGAAAGAACUGCGGAUGCUGGUUUAAACCGAAGAUACACACAAAACGCUGGAGUGAUUUAG